GUGCCGGGGAGGUGACGGUGCCAUGGAAUCCGCGGCGAAGGGCGGCUACGUCCUCGCCAACCUCGCCGAGGUGGUGGAGCGCGUCCUCGGCUUCCUGCCCACCAAGGCGCUGCUGCGCGCCGCCUGCGUGUGCCGGCUAUGGAGGGAGUGUGCCCGGCGGACGCUGCGGACGCGGCAGCGGAUCGCGUGGGUGUCGGCGCUGGAGCCGGGCCCCGCCGAGAACCACGCGCUCGUGCGCGCGCUGGCCCGCGAGCUCGAGAAGGUGCACGUGCUGCCCCAGACCGUGCUCUACAUUGCCGAUGCGGAGACGUUCAGCGGGCACGAGGAGUGUCACGAGCAAAAGAAAGCCAGAAAAAGAAACAGUAAAGAAACAGCACUCGCACUUGAAAAGUUGUUGCCAAAGCGAUGCCAGGUUCUUGGACUGGUCACCCCAGGGAUUGUAGUUACCCCGAUGGGUUCAAGCAGCAAUCAGCCUCAAGAAAUUGAAGAGGGUGAAGCUGGGUUUGCUCUGUUGUUUCCCAAAAUUGAUGGGGUGAAAAUUCAUACCUUCCAUUUUUCUAAAGACGUGAAGAACAGGGUCUUUGAUGAAAGUAAAUUUGCUGAAGCAGGUCUGAAGAAUAACCCAGAUCUCCGUGUUGUUCUUCUGUUCGGCUACAACUCCUGGAAGACUGGGGCUACUCGAUUUCUUCAUCAAAUAGUCAAUCCUUUGAACGAGAAAAGUAUCAUCCUGGCUGGGGGACAAGUGGAGAGCUUUACAUCACUGACCUCUGAGAAUAGCCACGCCCAGCCCGGUGAUGCCUGCGGUGUGGUUGGGCUGGCUUUCAGCGGUGCCCAGAUCCAGAGUGCCACUGUCCUGUUAGACCAGGACGUGGCCGAUGAGAGGACAGCGGAAGCGGCCAUGCAGCGGCUCAAGGCAGCAAACAUCCCCGAGCACAACACCAUUGGCUUCAUGUUUGCCUGUGUUGGCAGAGGAUAUCGGCAUUACAAAACCAAAAGGAAUAUGGAAGCAGAUGCCUUUAGGAAGUUUUUUCCAAAUGUCCCCCUCUUUGGCUUCUUUGGACAUGGGGAAAUAGGAUGUGAUCGAAUAGUUACUGGGAAUUUUGUAUUAAGAGAAUGUAAUGACAUAAAGGAUGACCUGCUCCAUGGUUAUACUACUGUUAUGACUCUUAUACACCUUGGUUCAACUAAAGCAAACCAAGCAUAGGUAAGGUUUAAUGCUUCAGUGAGCUGUUUGUUUCAUUCCAGAGAGCUGAGAAGUCUGGAAGAGUGGACAUCUUGCAGUCAAAGCCCCUUCCAAAAUAUAAACACCAUCUUGGUAAUA